CAAACUGUGUUAAUUAGACUAAUUUUUAAGGUCUAUCGUAAAAAAAUGACGACUGUAGUGGAGAUGGAUGUGCCUAUGGAUUGUGCUGGUUGCGAAAAAAAAGUUAGGAAAGCUCUUGAAAAUAUUAAGGGAGUCCACGAUGUUCAGAUAGACAUGAAACAGCAGAAAGUGACGGUGACGGGAUCGGUGGAGCAGAAGAAGGUUCUGAAAGUUGCAAGAAACAUUACAAAAAGAGAGGUGUGCUUAUGGUCGUGCCCUUACCACCACGAAUCUAAUGGAUUUCACGACAGGUACUUCAAGAAGAAGUUUCAGAAAAGAAUCAACAUGUCGAAGAAUGGUGAGAAAGUGAGUUCUUACAACUAUUAUAAGCAUGGAUGCCACGGACACGACCAUGGUUACCGUCAGGAACGGCCAUAUUCGGGUCUUAUCGACGAAAACGCUAGCUCUAUGUUUAGUGAGGAAAACCCUCAUUUCUGCACCAUCAUGUGA